AUGGAGGCUGACAGGUUGAAUGCUCCUGACACGUCAGCAAUCAUGUUUGAAGUUCUGGGGCAUCAGCUUCAGUUUGCGCAGGAUCCAAAUUCCAAGCAUCUUGGAACUACAGUAUGGGAUGCUUCAAUGGUAUUCGCGAAAUUUCUGGAAAAAAACUCUAGGAAGGGAAAAUUUUGCCCAUGUAAACUGAAAGGAAAACGAGUACUUGAACUUGGGGCAGGUUGUGGAGUUGCAGGUUUCAGCAUGGCUCUACUUGGUUGUGAUGUCAUUUCAACAGAUCAGACUGAAGUCCUGCCAUUGCUAAUCAGAAAUGUUGAACGCAAUACUUCCAGGAUAAUGCAAGCAAAUCCUGGAUCAGAUUUUUUUGGUUCCAUUGAGGUUGCAGAGCUGAACUGGGGCAAUGAAGACCAUAUAAAGGCUGUGGAUCCACCAUUUGACUACAUCCUGGGCACUGAUGUGGUUUAUGCGGAGCACCUUUUGGAACCACUGUUGAAGACAAUUCUUGCACUAUCUGGACCGAAAACCACAAUUAUGUUGGGAUAUGAAAUUCGUUCUACAAAUGUCCACGAACAAAUGCUUGACCUAUGGAAGAGAAAUUUUGAGGUGAAAACUGUUCCCAGAUCAAAGAUGGAUACUGAGUAUCAACACCCCGAUAUACACCUCUACAUGAUGACUCUAAAACCCUUAGAAGCAGGGGCAAGAGUCAGAGGACAAUGUGCUGAUCAGCAAAUUGAAGAGACUGAUGCAGCCGAUGAAGUCAAGGUUGAUGAUAGUGGCAUUGUUGACGAGGCUGAUGACUUUAAACUUGAAGAAGCUAAGAGUGAAGACAUAGUCCAACUUAAGUAUCUUCCAAAUGAAAAGCUUAGUGAAUGGGAAGCAAGAAGAUAUGGUGCUAUGGCUGCUCGGCUUCUUCGAGAUGUCAAAAUAUCAUAA